GCGGCCGUGCCAUUCCCCGGCUGCGCGGCCACCUCCUCCCCCUCCGCCUCUUCCUGGCCGCGGCGAGCGGAGCUGUGCUGGCAGCGGGGAGGCGGCGGCGCCGGCGCCCAGCUCCCGGCCCGCCAUGGCGAUCCGCAAGAAGAGCAACAAGAACCCGCCGGUGCUGAGCCACGAGUUCAUCGUGCAGAACCAUGCGGACAUCGUGUCCUGCAUGGCCAUGAUCUUCCUGCUGGGACUCAUGUUCGAGAUUACAGCAAAAGCAGCUGUUAUUUUUGUUACACUUCAGUAUAAUGUUACCAUUCCUGCCACAGAAGAACAAUCUGCAGAAACAAUCUCUCUCUAUCACUAUGGCAUCAAAGACUUGGCUACGAUUUUCUUUUACAUGCUCGUAGCAAUAAUCAUACACGCUAUAAUUCAGGAGUACGUACUGGAUAAAAUUAACAGGAAAAUGCACUUUUCAAAAACGAAGCAUAGCAAGUUCAAUGAGUCUGGGCAACUUAGUGCAUUCUACCUUUUCUCCUGUGUUUGGGGAACGAGUAUUCUUGUCUCUGAGAACUAUAUAUCAGAUCCAACCUCUCUGUGGAGGGACUAUCCACACACUCUUAUUCCGUUUCAAAUGAAGUUUUUCUACAUCUUACAGUUGGCAUAUUGGUUUCAUGCUUUUCCAGAACUGUACUUCCAGAAAACUAAAAAAGAAGAUAUCUUUCGCCAGAUUGUCUACAUUGGACUUUACCUCUUUCAUAUUGCUGGAGCCUAUCUCCUGAAUCUGACCCAUCUUGGACUUGUUCUUCUGGUAUUGCAUUACUUCGUUGAAUUUCUUUUCCACAUAUCCCGUCUUUUCUACUUCAGUGAUGAAAAGUACCAGAAAGGAUUUUCACUAUGGGCAGUUCUUUUUGUUUUGGGAAGGCUUCUCACCUUGAUUCUCUCGGUCCUCACUUUUGGCUUUGGACUAGCAAGAGCAGAAGAUCAGCAGCUGAAUUUCAGUACUGGAAACUUUAAUAUCCUGGCUGUUAGAAUCAGUGUGCUGGCCUCUAUCUGCAUGACUCAAGCAUUUAUGAUGUGGAAGUUCAUUAAUUUCCAGCUUCGGAGGUGGAGAGAGCAUUCUUCUUCUCAGCCUCAGUCAGUGAAAAAGAAGUUCGUAUCAGCUAAAGGAAAGAACUCCAGAAAAGAAAGAGAAAACGGAAUAAAUGGAACAGUGACCUCAAAUGGAGCAGACUCACCUCGCAGCAGGAAGGAUAAAUCCUCGUAAAACUGGGGUUUAUUAAGUUAAUUGACUAAUGUCCCCAAAGAAUCUGCUUUUUACAUGGAUGGCUCUUCAGCACUAGAGAUAUUGUGGAUUAAGGAAAAUACAAUUCAUGUUUUUUGAUUAUUGAUGUUGUUUUGAGAAACUUUUUUUAAAAAGCCAUUUUGACUAAAGAAAAAGGUUUAUCUCUCUUCAAAUAAUUGAGGGGAGGAUUCAACACUUUUUAAAAAACAUUGACGCUUUUUUAAACAUUUACUGUGAUGAAAUAACUUACUUAAUGAGGAUCACUGUUGCAAUGUAUUAUUUCCCUCCAGUUUUUGUAAUCUGGGUGAUAUAUGAUGUUCUACCAACUUCACUUUUUCCAAGUUCCUCAAGAAGUAUUGAAAACUUGAAGUAAAAACUUAGUAAGAAUUUUCAGAUACUCUGGCUUUUCAGUUAAUUACCUUGACUCAAAUUUACAUUUCAAAUUGGGAUUCCAAGACCAUACCAAUGGCCCUCUUUUAUUUUGUAGUUACUAGCUGCACAACGUCUGCUCUUAGAAUUGCCCCAUAUCAUUAAAACAAAACUGAAAUAAUCGGAAAUGUUGCAGAGUCUUAUUGUUUGUUGGUUAGAAAUCUCAUACAAGGAACAAAAAACCUUUUUGAGAUAUAGCUUUUAGCACUUGAAAAUUAGAAGGGAGCGUGUGUGAUCAUAGGAAGAGUUGAUUUGAGUAGCACUGUUCACUUCUGUGUGUGCUUUUAAAGUGUAUGUAUCUUGGAGAAUUAGUGUGCGUUGGACGUUCUUUAAAAACUUGUCUGUCCGAUUUUAGAGGGUGGAGGUUCUUCUUACAAUGUGUUGUGUUUGUUUUGGGAGGCAGUUAAUGCUCCGUGAAGAGGGAAUUAAAUAAAUGGAUCAAGUUAUGAGAAACAUUCCUUUAUUCUAACUGCUUUGCUUUGUUUCACCUCUUUUAGGAAAUAGUUUGGUUUCUCCUAUAUAUGUUUUUAUGAAAAAAAUAUUUAGAAGCUACAACUUCUUAAAACUGAUUUAUUGUGCCCUUUGCUACAACUGGAAAAAUCUCAAUUUAGGAAUUCUUCCAUUAUCUUUCAAAAUUGUAUUCAAUGUGAAGCUUUGUCCGGUUAGUUUUCCAGUUUAAUAUGCAGAUAAUGUUUCCUUUGUAUGCUUUUGUAAUGGAUAUAAUUCAACCCAUUGCACGUGAGAACGAGUGAGAGAUUUAUUUCAGUCUUAAGAAGAAGUUGCUAAAUUAGUCUAUCACGUUAACCAAAGUAUUGAACUGCUUAUUGAUUGAGGAUAAUUAUGAGCAAUCAAGCUGAUAAAUAAAAUAAUUUUAAUUAAAACCUGUUAUUAUAAUUGAGUUUAUACCCAACAGAGUAAUAAAUCUGCAUUCUGUAUCUUCUACAGUUCAGUUGCUUACUAUUCAGAAUAAACAUUUCUAGUACAAAAUCUUCUCUACAAGUAACUAUCCAUUCUUCAAUUGUUUAGUGCUAUUUAGAGUUAUUGCAGUAUAAUUUAUUAUAUGUCUCUGCUAAUUACAGUCACACUUCCCAAGUAUUUGGUUCACAGCUCCUGCAGUGGACUUGGCAGACUUAUACUUGCUUAGCUUGAGAACUCUGGGGCAGCAUGCCCUGUAAUAUGCCCAGUGUGCUUCAGCAGAAGUACCUGUGCCAUGUCUUGAUUUGAAGUGGUGGAACUCUGAAUCUGUCUGAUGUGACCAUGAAACUGGAAAACUGGAAAUCAGAAAUUUUGAGAGAAUUGUGUGUAUUAUAUACUUGCUGCCCAAAAUCACAUUUCUAGUCUUAUGUUUCUAGAAAGACCUUCAUAAAUUCUGUGUGCCUUGCUCUCAACUUGUACCUUAAGCCAGGGGGGAAAUUUUAAAUGUCUAGUCUGGUACUUUGACUCUAAAUCAGUUUGGUUGUGAUACCCAGUUGUACUGGGACUCUCAGAAUAAUGGGUGGAGGAACAAAUUAUGAAGGGAACAUCUAAGGUACUUCUUGAGAUCUUUAAGACUUAUAGGAGUCUGAGGGUUGUAAUAGUUGUUUCCCUAAGGCAAACUGUUUCUUGUAAACCUCGUUCACAGUGGUCUUGAAAUGUAAACUUCAGGUUAAUUUCCAAAAACUUCGAAAGAAUAUAUUCUUGACUGUUAAUACUGACAUUGCUUUUUGUCUCCUUUUGGCCUUAUGGACAGAAAUUCUUGGCCUUUGGACUUUAACAAAAGCACUUUUGUUUCCACAAUGGCUUAAUCUUCAUCCUUGCCUUAUAGGAGUUGUCGCUGUCUGCCAAGUAAUAUAGAAUAAUAACAGUUGUUCUAAAAUUUGGGUAGAGUAUUGGAAGCCAGUAUCUUCUGCCUUUUGUGUCAUAACUAAAAAGACAUAUUUAUUAUGUUUGAGGCAAAAGAAGUGAUUUUUUAUUUUCUACCUUGGGAUGGAAAUACUCAUGAACUUAAAAGAUUUUGAUACUUCUGUUUCCAGUUCGAUAUUACUUGUUUUAGCAUAAGGUUAUUGUUUGGCUGGAUAAUUUCUUUUUAAUUGCUUAAAACUGGUUUUUAAAUGUUAUUGCAUUUUUGGCUCUUUGCUUGUAAUCUGGGAUUCAGUAAAAUGGAAGUCUAAUCAUGUUUGCUUAACUAUGGAGUCAGGAAAAAUGGAAAUGGCUGAAGAGUUAAUAAUUUUAUUCCUAUGCCUAAUAAAAUAAUUUUUGCCUAGGCUGUAGUAAUUUAUCCUGAUCAAUUGACAGCUCCUGUGAAGAGAAAGCUUUGUCCAUAUAGAUGGAUUUAAAUUAAAUAAUUAUGCAGACAGUGGAUAGGGUUUGUUGGGUUUGGUUUUUUUCUUAAACCCACUUCCUUUAGCCCUAUCUUGUCAGAACUUUUCAAGAUUUAACAACAGAUGAUUUAAACCCUUUUUUGCCCCCCAAAUGUGUGUUUGGUUUCUGUGCCAGAAUCUGCUAUCAAAACUAUUAUUUUACUUUUAAAGUGAUUAUAUUGAACUUCAAAGUACAAGCAAGGAACUCAGACCAGCUGAAAAUAAUUUUCAGAGUUUUAGUUUUCAUCUGGACACUUUGACUAGUUUGCAAAGACCAAUUUCUCCUAUGUGAAUUACUGAUGAAUGUGGAAAUACUCUUUGGAAAUACUGCUUUCCUGGUGAUCUCACGCCCAAAAUUAGGAAUUAUGAAAGAAUUUGCCAAGCAGAGAAAAUGCAUAGGCUAUUUCUGCUAACAUUAGAUUAUGCUGGUGGUAGAUUAAGUAUGUUGGGAUGAUGCAUGUAGAAAAUCAGUUAUUUGUAAACAUUUUAUGUUUUUCCUAAAUGCUUUUUUUCUUUGAAAGUUUUAGUUGUGUUUAUAGAGUUAUAUUAGCCAGAAUUGUAAUAAGCAGUGCGCUACUCCGGUACAAGUAGUUUACUGCUGUAAAAAGGGUCAAUACACAUAUGCAGUCCUUUUGUUCUUUGAAGACUUCUGACUAACUGCUCCUGAGAGAAUUUUGUUGGUGGCAACACUUGAUAUUGAAGGGAGCAUUUUCAUGGUCAUGCUAAGCUGAAAGUAAUGUAGGUUGAUGCCAAAAUUGGGGUUCUGUCCCUUGCCUUGGCUAGCACAAGCCUUUCUGGUUGCACAGGGAUCAGGGAGCUGGUGCAGGUGUUUGCUUGGGUUUUUUUCCAUUGGAUUAGUUGUGUGAUGGUAAUCCCAGAGGCUAACAAGUAGUUAUGUAUAAGCAAGAAGAAAGGAUGCAGGGAAAAGAUGAAUUCAAGUUCUAAGGCAGCUACCCCUUCUAUUGACAUGUCGCUUAAAAAUUACACUAGACUGCAGUAUGAGUUGGGAGAUCUCCUUGAAAGGCUUCCAGUCAUCAGUACCAGAAGGGAGAUUGGUCUCUGAUAGCUCCUACAUGCCAAAUCCAUUAAGUAUUAAUGGAUUUUUGUUGGAUAUUGUGGGGAAAGGGGAAAUAUUUAUUGUGCUUUACUGUACUGAGAUACCUAUUAACUGCCAUCAGGGUUUCCAAGCAGUG